UUGCCAACCAUUGACAUCGGGGUUUCACGGUGCUGGUGUCGACGACAGCGACCACACAAUUGAUUUACUCGUUUUUAUCGGAAAGUCAGCUGUGUAGUAACAGGCUACAAUAGGGGUAUGCGUGACAUUUAACCUUUCUUCGAAAUAUGAUAAGUGUUUGACAAGUAAUAGGACAUCGAAAAUGGCAUCCCGUUGUCUCACAGAGGUUUUCAUUUUGAUGCGAAACAAUGCUAUGCAAAGUAGGCAUAUUUAUUCUGAACAACAAGUGACAGAUCGAAUGGCCCUGGUUGGCGCAGAUAUUGAAUCAGGCAUAGAACUUCGCAGAGCAGGAGAAUCGCGGAUGCCACCUGCAUGGGCUGAUGGAUUAGAGGAGGCUCAGUAUUCACUGACUCGAUUACGAGCCAAAAUUCAUGAUCUUGACACACUUCACACUAGACACCUUCAUCGGCCAACUCUAGAUGAUUCAUCUGAUGAAGAGCAACAAAUUGAAGCUCUGACACAAGAAAUCACUAGGAUAAUUGGUACAGUCCAUCGUCUGAUACAGCAAAUUCGCAGUCACAGUACUACAGGUGGGCGCCAAGAACAGAGACUUUCUUACAAUGUUGUUUCAUCGUUAGCUGCAACAUUACAAGAACUAUCAACAGACUUCCGCAGGUCACAGAAUUCAUAUCUAAGAAAGUUGAACUCAAGAGAGGAACGUUCGAAGCAGUAUUUUGACACAGCAUUAGAUCAGGACUUCCCACAAGAUGCUGAUUGGGAGGUAUAUAAUAUUGACCACCAGUUUGGACUGGGACCUAUGGCUGGUUCUCUUGCCCAGCAGCAGCUUCUGUUGCUUGAAGAAGACAACACACGGAUGGCAGCUCAGAGAGAACAUGAAGUGCGGCAGAUAUUCAAAUCGAUUGUUGAUGUAAAUGAAAUUUUCAGAGACCUUGCACACAUGGUUGCAGAUCAGGGUACAGUCCUGGACAGGAUAGACUACAAUAUUGAACAGUGCCAAAUCCAGGUACAUCAAGGCUACCAGCAACUUCAAAAGGCUGACAAUUACCAGAAAAAAAACAGGAAGAUGGUAUGCAUUCUUGUUCUUGCAUCAGUCACAUUAAUUCUUUUCAUACUUUUUGUAAUUGUAAAGUUGUAGCUAAGUUGGUCUAGUGAAGAACUCAACUGAUCUCAUGAAGAGUUUACUUUGGCACUUCUGUACAUUUAAAUAUUGCCACAGUGGAAGAAAGUUCAUGACAUAAUUUUCUCAGAGUGAGAAAACUGUAUUUAAGUGGUUUUAUGAACGUAUGAUCCAUUUUAAUGGGGUGUAGUGAAUGAGUAUACCCAGCGUACAAACUCAUUCACUCUUUGUGUCACUUAUACCCAUUUUUGGAUCAGUGACAAAUUGUGCCACAUAUCAAGCUUUGAACCCAUGACUUUCUGCUGUCCUACAUUAUGCCAUACAAAUGAAUGCCUAAUUAGCAUAUGGAUUUCAUUUUUUCUCUUGCUCAUAUACAACAAUCAUUCAGAAAGUGAAGACCGUUUACACAAAGCACUUGCGCAGGUCAACGAAUUGCACCAUUGCAAGAUUAGCAGGCCUCAGUAAUCUUUUAUUAACAAGGCAAGUGAGUGACAUGCAUGCUGAUUAUAUCAUUUUGCAAUUUUUGUAAUGUUUCAAAAUGAAUAAGGAAAUCAAGAAUCCCACCAAUCAUGAAGUUCGAGCUGUAAUUCUGUUUUGAUUAAGCAAAAUGUCUGCCUGAUUGAAAUUUACCUCAACUUAUUGCUUUAUAUGCAGAAGGUGUAAUGAAUGAGUCAGAUGUCACUUUCUAGUGGUGUCGAAUGUCUGAUAAGGGCUGGAGAAGAGUUCAUGACAAGAAGCAAUCUUGGUGUCUGUCCCUCAUCACUGAGGACUUGAAAAAGCAAGACUGAUCGACACAUCAGGACAAACAGGCAUUUCACUUUUGAUAAAAUUGAUGAGAAAUUUCUUCAGAUUUCUUGAACACUAAUUCAUGAAAUUGUUACGGAGAAUCUCUACUACAAAAAAAUUUGUGCAAGAUGGGUGCCAUGAGUGCUCACUGAAAAGCACAAGAGUAAGCAUGUGGGUGGUGCUUUGACAUUUUUGGUGCAUUAUCAGUAAGAUGGCAAUACUUUUUCAGACCAGAUGGUCACAGGAGAUGAAACAUGGGUUUCACACAUCAUCCCUGAGAGUAAAUGUCCAUCUCUGGAGUAGUAUCAUUCUCAUUCACCACUAAAACCCAUGCAAUUCAAACAGACAUUGUCAACUCGGAAAGUCCUUGCCACAUAUUUUUUUUAACUGGAAAGGCAUGCUUCAUGUGAAAUUCAUGCCAAAAGGCCAAACCAUCAGUGAUGUGUCAUAUUGUGCAACCGUGAAGCAACUAUGAUGCGCCAUACAGAACUGCCGGUGAGGCCAGCUGUUAACUGGAGUGGUUCUGCUGCAUGAUGACACACCCAUGCAUACUGCCACUAGCACAUGUGCUAAUUUCUGGCUUUGCCUGGGACCUUUUCGUGCAUCCACCCUACAUUCCGGAUCUGGCUCCAAGUGAUUUUCACUCGUUCACACACUUGAAGCAGUUUUUGGGCAGCACACACAUGGUUAGCGAUGAAGAAGUAGACCAGUAGACUGGUGAGGCAUACAGAAACUCAUCACACAAUAUAACAAGUGCCUGAAUCUUCAUGGAGAUUAUGUGGAAAACAAUUUAAGGUCUGUAGUAAUGAUGUGAAGUUUUUUUUUCCCCACUUUUUUUUUUACAAAACAGCCUUUAUUUUCUGGACAACAUAUGUAACUUGUCCAAAAUCAUCUGGUCUGCAUUGGAUUUAAUGUUCUGAGAUAUGAUACCAUGUAAUUUGAUAGCAGUUUAUCGCCUCCUCGUUGGGUACUGGAUCAGCUUAAUAUUCAACUCUGAAGAUGGAGAUGUUACAUUUCUCUGAAGUGUCAGUGAACUUCUGCUGGAUCACAUGGUGUCCUAUCCUGGAAUAUCGUAGUUUUCAGAUUCAAGUAGAGCCUCUAGAGGGGUAACGUGCAUGGUCUCCACCACCAACAUCCGAUCUAUAAAGUUAACGUAUGCUUCUGCAGAGUGUAUUUUCUCUGCUGAUAUAGUCACUGAUAGCAGAGUGCUUUCAAGUAUCCUGAUCAAAGAUCAUCUGUGAACUGUUGCAUUCUGUUUAGAGCAUUUUAUGGUGGUGAUUAUUCAGAUUAUGGUAUGAAUUUUGACAUUGCAUCAUCUUGUAAGUAGAUGCCUAUGUCACAGCCCAGAAGACCAUAAUCUGAGUUCAUCUUAUCAUUUGUCCAAGUGUCAUACAGCCAAAAGACAAUGAGAUUUUGAGUGUAUGUCACUGCCUGUGUUACUCAUCUUAUUUUAAAGAAAAUACCUUAAGUGUUCAUCUUCUGCUAAGCAGGUCUUGAUUCAUGUGAAAGUAUUUCUAUGCAAGGAACAAAGCUCUUGUCUUCAAAUAGCAUAAAUUGUUUUGAAUGCUCUCUCUCACUUCUUGAACUCACUGAGGACUGUUUGCAUACACUAACUUUCAGUGUGCUUUUUAAGUAAACAUAAAACAGAUUUGUAUCUGGUGACAGGAGGCCACCAUUCUCAACUUAUCACGCACUUACAACAUAGUUAAGCCAGUGCCUUCAUAGGAUUACUUGUCAUGUGGGCCGUAACAUCAUCCUGUAAGAAGGACCCAUAAGUUUUCACUUCAUUUGUUCCUUGAUGAACAGUGCGAUGAGUAAUGUUGUAGUGUCUUCAAAAAAUCUCAGACCCUAUAUUCCGUGAAUGCUGAUUGGCAUACCAGAGUCCAGCUUUCAGACUGUGGAAGGAGACUUCACAAACAGGAAGAUGAUUUUCUGCACUCCAUUUGCAGCUCUCUGUGACUCUUCAUGUAUCCACUUAGAGCAGACUCACCCACAUAAAAAUAAAAGAGUACAUUGUA